CUGUGAACUCUCACCCCAGCUGGUUGGGAAAUGUCAUACAGGCAGAGGCCCGUGCUGCAGUAGGGGGGCGUAGGCUAAUAGGAGGAAAAAAAUCAUAACAUUCUCCUGCUCUCCCUGCAUCUUUUCUCUGCGUCUCCGCCGUGCCAGUGCCACAUCCCUGUUCCAGCAGCAGCAGCAGCAGCAGCAGAUCACUCCUCGCAGUCCCAAUGCUUAUUUCGCAGUAGGGCUAAUAAAAAAAAAAAUAAAAAAAAAUCCGUGCCAGACAUGGGGGAAAACGUCCUGCUUCCCUUGACGAUGUCAGUCCAUCCAUCUACCUGGCUUGUGACGGCGAUGCCCAGUCGAAGAUCCUGGGAUUGAGACGCGAAUCCCUUUACACUGAUGGCCUGGACUGGGUUUCCGCUGGCCUGCUGAAGCUAUGGGGAGCUGUUGGAGCUGUCUGUACAGAGACCCCAUCCGAGACAACCAUCUCACCAAAUUUAAGGUCACCAAUGUGGACGAUGAGGGCAAUGAACUGGGCUCUGGGAUCAUGGAGCUCACCCAGACCGAGCUCAUUCUGCACACACGCAAAAGAGACGCCAUUCGGUGGCCGUAUCUCUGUCUGCGACGCUACGGCUACGACUCCAACCUGUUUUCUUUUGAGAGUGGUCGCCGCUGUCAGACUGGGCAGGGAAUCUUUGCAUUCAAGUGUUCUCGGGCAGAGGAGAUCUUCAAUCUGCUCCAGGAGCUGAUGCAAUGUAACAGCAUCAACGUAGUGGAAGAGUCAAUGAUGAUGACUCGCAGUGGUCACACACCAGAGAUGGAAAUGUCUCGCACGCCACAGACACCCAACACUCCAGCAUUUCCUGUUCAGGCUUUUCCAAAUGGAUACCCCGGUUAUCCACUCAGAGGUGAUUCUCAGCCUUCUCUAGCUGAUGAUCAUGGGCAUAGCUUGAUGGGUUUGGAAGAUCAGACCCACACCUAUGUAAAUACUGUUACUAUGGAGGGGGAUCUCUCUAUGCGUCACUGUGUGCACUCCCUACCUGAGGUGCGGCCCAGCACUUUCCCCGAAACAGCUCGGGGACCCAUGCCUGUCGGGGGCCAAGGAAAUACGCAGUCCAACCUGCGGUGCUGUCCCCUGGAGGAGCAUAAAGACCCUCAGGUGUUCUUACAGCCGUCCUCACAGGAGGUCAAAUUCAUGCUGGGCCCCACUCCAGCACAACGCCAUCUACUGGAGAGAGAGAGGGAGAGAGAGAGGGAGAGAGAGAGGGAGAGAGAGAGGGAGAGGGAGAGGCAUGGGCACAAUCCUCACAAUCUUCAGCCAGUAGAGGGUGCAACAGGUUCAGAGACGGAAGGAGACGAGCCCUCUAUGCACAUGUGCAAUUCUCUCUCCUAUCAUCAUUUCCAUCAUCACACACAUCGGCACCCAGGCCACGAGCAUUCGGACAGCUGCCAGAGUGGGGAACUCACCUACGAGAACAUCAACGGCCUGAGGAAUGCCAGGAAGCAGCGGCUCAGUCCCAGCAGCGUGUCCCAAUCUGUGGGUUCCAGUAGCAGCAGCAGCACCGGGGACAGUCACUCCCACUCUCUCCUGCACCCACACCCCCACGGCCCAGCAUCCCUACCUCCACAGGGGUAUGCAUGUGAGAGGGGCAUGGGUGGAGGUCACCGUCGGACAGCUCUGCUUAACUAUGAGAACUUGCCCUCUCUGCCCCCGGUCUGGGAGUACAGCGCCCUGCAGCGGGACGAUGAGCAGGAGGAAGAGGACGAUGAGCAGGAUGAGGAGGAAUAUGAAGAAGAGGAGGAGGAUUUUGAUGAGUAUGAGUUCUCAGAAGGGCCUGGGACACCCAAUGGGUACCACCAGGAUAGUCGGGGCAUCCAUAGAGACGCUCUGCAGAACUAUGUCAACACAGAGCAGGUCCAGCCUCCCCGGCUCCGACACGCCUGCCCCCCGCAUCCACGGCCAUUUCAGCCCGACAGAGGGGGCCGGAUAUUUAGCUUUGAUAUCCGCAGACGAUCACGGUCAGGUGUUGGAGGCUGUGAGCACGGCCACAUGCCUCCAUCGCGGCAGCUGAACUAUAUCCAGGUGGACCUAGAGGGAGAACCUCCCUGCCAAGCCCUCGGAAGCGGGGGUGCCCAGUCCCAGCCACAGCACCAGCGCCUACCACCCAAAAAAUGUGGCCAACAGGCACCCCGGCGCAGUGAAUGCUACGCAGUCAUUGACCUAAAGAAGACAGCUGCCAUGUCCAACCUGCAGAAAGCGCUGCCCAGGGAUGAUGGGACUUCCAGAAAGACUCGCCACAACAGCACAGACCUGCCUCUGUAAACGGUGUAAAAACUGAAGAGGAAAGAUGAAGACAGAUGAAGGCUUAUCCUCAUCUUAGCACACUGGACCCUUCACUGUCAUCCAUCCAUUCAACUGUCGGGCUGACUAAUACAGUACAGGUACCUAAUUAGAAACUUACUGAAACUUCUCUGUGCAUAUGAAAGGAAAAGAGAAAUCUUUAUGGAGAAUUUGCCAUUUAAUUCUGUGUUAUUUAUUAGAUGUGGUGUGACGCGACUCAUCAUCUCCAUUCACAGUAUCAUUUACUGUCACUCCUCAGUUAGCAGCUUUGGCGACAUGUGUGUUUUUUACUUAGUUCACACACUGAGAGUCAAACAUGUGACCCUCAUUGCAGAUGGAAUAGAGAAGUCGUUGGCAUGAAUGAAGGUUAAUGGUCCCUCCAAGAUACUGGCCAAUAUUCAUACCUCAUCACAAGCACCUAAAUCUAAUGAUGCUUUUCCACUAUGUACUACCAGCUCAGCUCGGCUCGACCUUUUUGCGUUUCCUUUACGUAAAAGAACCUGGAAUCUGG